AUGCCUGAGAACCAUUCUCCUGGGCGGAAUCAGUUCAGUCCAUUGAUGUAUUCUCGCGACUGCACAAAUGAAGACGAUUCCUCAACUUUUACGCCCUCUGCCAACCUACUGAACAGCCUCCAGAUCCGAGCUCAAGCCCUGCUAGAUGAACUCAGAGCAUACCAAGCGCAUCUCCAGGCAAGGAACAGACAGAAAGAAGUCGAGAUCGGAGUCUUUACAAGAGGGGUUGAGGCAGAGGUGAAGAGUUUGGAGAAACUUAGGCUAAGAUUCGCAGAGGGCAAUGAAGCUGACUGGGCUGAAUGUGAGGAAGACGACGAGUCCCCACAGCUUCAUGCGUUACGGAGCUCCAAUCUUCCAUUUUACGAGACGGUAUGGAACGUUGCAAAGUCGUGUCGUGGCAUAACCGCUCUGGGCAAGAAGGUGUAUCGGAGUGCAGAGGAUUGCCCGAACCAUAUUGAGAAGCCUGGAGAUCAAGUCCUGACUCGACCACCAUCACGUCGAAGCCAUAUUCGAAAGAAGGGAGUCCCUGUGGACAUUGUAGCUGAGGACGGUUUGGAGUGGAUCAAAGUUUCUACUGUGACUGAGAAACGGCUUCUUUUCGAAAUGGCAAAGGAGGGCUGGGAAUCGUAUGCAGAUUUCAGCGACGGAAGCGACAUCCGCCCUAGCAACGACGCGCCAGCAGAUCGCUGUGAGAGAAUCACUAAACUUGAACUUGUGCGAGUGGCUGAAGAAUUGAAGGCUGCAUCAAGAGCAGUCAGAGUUCAGUUCCAGCAUCCCCGCAUCCGCCUCGUUCUACCAAAGGUACGAGAGGGAGCAUUGCAUGAUGUGGACGCAUUCAUUGCAGGUUUACGUGCAACAGGUGCAACAGUUCAAUGCGGCCAAGGAUUUGUGAACACAAAUAAAGUCCAACAGGAAGUGUGUCUAGAAAAGGUAGCACUGAAUCACGAAGCUACCGUCUUUUACAAAAAUGAGACUGUUCGCAUGGUCAAGGAAGUGUCUUAUGGACAGGCCAAUCGGACUUUCUCGACACACGAAUCGCACGCUCUUUUGGGCACGCAGCAAAGGCUUGAUCUUGACCGCCUCAUGCCUGCAGUAUUGACUAGACAGUUGACAGAGACGUUAAACGUGGACUGCACGAUUCUUCUAGCCUUGGUUUCCGACAUCUCCCACCUAAGAGGUCCUCGACUCACAUCAGAUUCCAAUGAGCCGAAAGGGUCCUAUCACAAAGCUAUUCUCCGCCAGAUCGACGCCGAAGAAGUGUCACCAUUACUUCCAAAGGAAAUAUACCCCUUACUGAUGGGUCGGGAACUCAAAUGUACAUUUCAUGCCGCACAGAGAAUGCGAGAGAUUGUUCAGUGUAUGGGGACUAGCAGCGAGCGGACUCGUGCUGAUAUUCUUUUCGGAGAACGGGAGUACCAAGGUCAACCAAUAUCAGUAUUGAGGCAAGCACUAAGCGAGCAAUCAUCAUACUCUGUCCCUUACGAAAUCCAAUUCCCGAUUAAAGUGGUGGAUUUUGAUGCAAACCAGCUGCUCUUAUCUCCAGCCCGUCCUGAGAGCGUGCCUGGGGCUGAACGAAUUAAAGCAUUCCCGUCCUCAAUUGCUGCCCGUGUGGUUUCAAGCAUGCACCUUUCUCCUGUUAAUUCGUCCGUCUUCUUGUAUGGCUGGGUCGAGCGGGUCGCUACCCUGACGAGCAACCGCACUGUUGCCAGGGGACUUUUGAGGGCUAUCAACGAGCUGCUUGAUCAGGAUGAACGCAACGGAAUUCAGUGGUUCAAGGACGAUGAAAUAUUCAUGGGCCCACAGAUAUACAUCUGCGAAACCGCAAGGAGCUUGAUUGGCAAGGCGAAGAGCAAGCGAGAAAGAUAG